CACAUCCAUAACCGCUUUAUAGAUUCUUUUGAUGCACUGUCAAAAAUUUGUUAGGGUUUGAAAAUGGGGCCGGAAUCGCGAUCGACGCCAACAUCAGUAUCAUCACCGGCGUCGGCGUCGGCGUCGUCUUCUUCGCCGAGCGGGAAACGAACAAGAGAUCCAGAAGACGAGGUCUAUCUCGAUAACCCCCGCUCCCAGAAACGUUAUCUCAGCGAGAUAAUGGCUUGCAGUUUAAACGGACUAACCGUCGGAGACUCGCUCCCCGUCAACAUGUUAGACUCUCCUACUCGCUCUGAGACCUUUCUUUAUCCCAACAACCACAGGGAUGACUUGACACUACAGUACUCUCCCAUGUCAGAAGACUCUGACGAAGCUAGAUUCUGCGAGGACCCAAUAACAAGCACUAGCUCAUCGCAACCCAACAGCCGCCCUACUAGCCCUGUUUCACCCUACCGAUACCAAAAACCUUUUACUUCAACAACCUCAUACCAUUCAUCAAAUUCACAUUCAUGCCCUACCACUAAUGCAACAACUACUACGACUCCACAACCUCGCCAGAGAGGAUCUGACACGGAAGGAAGGUUUCCGUCGUCACCUAGCGAUAUUUGUCAUUCAAGUGACUUGAGGAGGACCGCUCUACUCAGGUCUGUUCAAAUGAGAACACAGCCUUGUGGUAUUGCUUCAAGUUCAGGGACAAGCAGUGUUGAUGGUGAAGAGAGGAUGUGUUUUAAGUCUAUGGAAGAAGAUAGAGGUUUUAGUAGAGAGGAAGAUGUCUCUUACACUGAAGUAGUCUCUGGUAAGAGCAAGUCUUGUAAAGCAUUGGACAUGAGACUAUGCGAAAGAUGAUGAACACUCUCCAAUUUGUCUAUCAAUGCAAUUGGUUAUGAUCUCACCUCCCUUAAGGUUUCAUGUGUUUCUCUCAUUGCAUAGUUAGUUUCUGAAUAUCGCCUUUUCAUCAUAAUCCUCUUUUCGCAGAAUAACAGUGAGGUAUGAAGCAAUAGUUGUUCUUCAGGAUUGCACUCAUUGUAAAAAAAAAACAUUGUUAUUUUUGUUAAGAGUUUACUACUGAAAUUACAAAAGAAAGAAAGAAAGAAAGGAAACAAAAUUACAGAUGCCAAUUACACUCCUUUUCAAACAUUUGUGUGGUACAGAAACAGCAGAUCAGUUUACAACCAAACCAGGAAAGUGGACCCAUCUGCUGGAAUGCCAAAGUAGUUGAG